AGCAGGAAGCAGGUGAUCAGCGGUCCAGGGGACGAGCAGUGGGGCAGGCCGCGUGGGGGGCUGCACCACCAUUUCAGGAGCCUCUGGUGGGGAGAGGCAUCUGGGCAGAAGCUUCUCCACACAGGACUCCAGCUUCUCAGAGGCCAGUCACCUAUCUGCAGCUCCAUGGCCGCCAGCCGGCUCCUCCUGGGCACACUUCUCCUGCUACUGCCCUUGCCUGUCCCGGCCCCCUGCCACACGGCCACACGCUCAGAGUGCAAGAAGACCCACAGCUUUGUGCCCGGUUAUGAGCUGGCUGGGGGAGGUGUGGAUGUGACCAGCCUGCGCCACUCAGGCUUCUACCCUGUGGACACGCGUAGGUACCUGCGGCCCGACGGCACCUGCACCCUCUGCAAAAACGCCCUACAGCAGGACGCGCUUCAACUCCUGCCCCUGGCGCUCACCGACUGGCGUGCCCAGGGCUCUGGCUGCCAGCGCCAAGUGGUCAAGGGCAAAGCCAGCUCCACAGAGGCCGUGGCCCGGGAGGCUGCGGGCAGCAUCACCAACAACUGGCAGGUCGGGCUGGAUGUGACUCCCAAACCCAGCAGCAACGUGCACGUGUCCGUGGCCGGCUCGCACUCCAAGGCGGCGGACUUCGCAGCCCAGAAGACCCACCAGGACCAGUACAGCUUCAAUAGCGACGUGGUGGAGUGUCGCUUCUACAGUCUGCACCUGGUGCACGCUCCCCCACUCCAUCCUGAUUUCAAGCGGGCCCUCAGGGACCUGCCCCCCCACUUCAACGCCUCCACUGAGCCCUACUACCACAGGCUCAUCUCCAACUACGGCACCCACUUCAUGCGGUCCAUGGAGCUGGGUGGCCGGAUCUCAGACCUCACCGCCCUGCGCACCUGCGAGCUGGCCCUGGAAGGGCUCACAGCUGACGAGGUCGGGGACUGCCUGGCCGUGGAGGCUGAGGUCAGCAUAGGCGGCCGCGCCAGUGCCUCCGCCGAGUCCAAAGCCUGCGAGGAGAAGAAGAAGCGGCACAAGCUGACCACCUCCUUCCACCAGGCCUACCGAGAGCGCCGCUCCGAGACGGUCGGCGGCCACCACUCCACCUUUCAGGACCUGCUGUUCGGGAACCAGGCUGGGCCUGAGCAGUUCUCAGCCUGGGUGGCUUCGCUGUUUGACAGGCCCGGCCUGGUGGACUACAGCCUGGAACCUCUGCAUGUGCUCCUAGAGAAGCAGGACCCACGGAGGGAGGCGCUGAGGCAGGCUGUGAGCAAGUACGUGACAGACAGGGCACGCUGGAGGGACUGCAACCGGCCCUGCCCACCAGGCCAGCAGAAGAGCUCCCGAGACCCGUGCCAGUGUGUGUGCCACGGCUCGGCGGUCACCACCCAAUGCUGCCCGCGGCAGAGGGGCCUGGCUCGACUGGAGGUGAUGAAAUUCCAGGCAGCAGGUCUGAAGGGAGACUGGUUCACUGCCUCGGACGCCUACGUGAAGGUCUUCUUUGGUGGCCAGCAGCUGAGGACAGGCACCGUGUGGAACAAUAACCACCCCCGGUGGACAGCACGGCUGGACUUUGGGGACGUGGUCCUGGCAACAGGGGGGCCCCUGAGGGUACAGGUCUGGGAUGCAGACAACGGCUGGGAUGAUGACCUCCUUGGCACCUGCGACCAGACUCCAAAGUCUGGCCCCCAUGAGGUGAAAUGCCACCUGAACCAUGGUUACCUGCAAUUCUUCUACCAGGCCAAGUGCCUGCCCCACCUGACAGGGCCAACCUGCAUGGAGUAUAUCCCCCAAGGGCUUCUGGGGGAGCCUCCAGGAAACCGGAGCGGGGCUGUGUGGUAGGAACAGUGAGCUCUAGCAAGCGAGCAUGCUCAAACUCAUAUUCCCACUGGACAGUCGGAAAACUGACGCUUCAACCUUUUUACUGGGGUGGCAGACUUUAUAGGCCAAGUCUCUCUGUCCAACUGCCUUAGCCCUCUAAUACUCUCGAGCCCUACCCACAGCAAAGCUCCAGCCAGCAGCUGGUGCACAGAGCGGAGCACAAGUCUUGUAAGACCUUCCCUCACAGUCCUCCCGCACAGCUAGUCCUUCAUCGUAUUCAGUCUAAGCCCUCCUGCCCCAUCUGCUCCGUUCGCCCUCUUCUCUGCCCACCAUCCUUGCUGCUCAGAUAAAUCCAGGGUUGUCUUGACCUGUUCACUGUGUACAUGGCUUGAUGGGGAGUCAAUAGUCAAUAAAUAUGAUGCAAUGUGGACCA